AUGUUCCUCCAGAGCCUGAAAUACCUCAGAUCUGGCCCCAUGGUCUCUACCACCAACAAGCUACCACCAACAAGCUACCACCAACAAGCUACCACCAACAAGCUACCACCAACAAGCUACCACCAACAAGCUACCACCAACAAGCUACCACCUACAAGCUACCACCUACAAGCUACCACCAACAAGCUACCACCAACAAGCUACCACCAACAAGCUACCACCAACAAGCUACCACCAACAAGCUACCACCUACAAGCUACCACCAACAAGCUACCACCAACAAGCUACCACCAACAAGCUACCACCAACAAGCUACCACCUACAAGCUACCACCAACAAGCUACCACCAACAAGCUACCACCAACAAGCUACCACCAACAAGCUACCACCAACAAGCUACCACCUACAAGCUACCACCAACAAGCUACCACCAACAAGCUACCAUCAACAAGCUACCACCAACAAGCUACCACCAACAAGCUACCACCAACAAGCUACCACCAACAAGCUACCACCAACAAGCUACCACCAACAAGCUACCGCCAACAAGCUACCACCAACAAGCUACCACCAACAAGCUACCACCAACAAGCUACCGCCAACAAGCUACCACCUACAAGCUACCACCAACAAGCUACCAUCAACAAGCUACCACCAACAAGCUACCACCAACAAGCUACCACCAACAAGCUACCACCAACAAGCUACCACCUACAAGCUACCACCAACAAGCUACCAUCAACAAGCUACCACCUACAAGCUACCACCAACAAGCUACCACCAACAAGCUACCACCAACAAGCUACCACCAACAAGCUACCACCAACAAGCUACCACCAACAAGCUGGGGACUUCUUCAGGGAAUGA